AUGGCAAAUACAUCUCGAAUUCUCCUUUGCGGAGACGUGGCAGGCUCCUUUCAACUUCUUGGAAAGCUGCUGAAGCAAAUCCAAGAUCGCCAGGGCCCGUUCGCUGCGCUGUUCUGCUGCGGUACAUUCUUCGGUGAGGAGGCGAGCAGCGGAAAGGGAGAUGAAUCUGGCGUCAAAGCGACGGGGAUUGCGUGUCCGAGUGCCGCGAAGGCCGAGCCAGGAGAGAGUGCAGGCAGCGGCAACGCUCUGCUGGGUCUCCUUCAGGAGCGCUACCCGUCUAGGGUCACCGAGCUUCUCAGAGUGUCCACGGCCUUCCCGAUUCCCGUUUUCUUCAUUGACCAAGAUGUUGCAUCGUUGGUGAUCGGUGCAGCAGCUGCGAGACGACAGACCCCGCGAAGUGGAAGCGGAGAGGCGAAGAAGGAGAGGAUGGGCGCAGAGCGGGGGACCGAUGCAUCGACUGAGCAGGGGGGCGGCACGGAGGGACUGGAUGGCCAGAACGAUGCCGCCCGCGCGACACAUGCAGACGGGGGUUCGUCGUCUCUCGGAGCCUGUUCGCAGGCCGCGCUCUUUAGUGCGCUUGCUGUGGAUCUGUCGGGUGCAUCCGCGCCUGUUCAAGUUUGCCACAAUGUCUUUUGGCUCGGCGCAGCGGGCGUUUCCCGGGUCGCAGGUCUGAAGGUGGCGUUCUUCGGCAUGCCUGAGAGCGAUUCGACAGACGCGCCAGAAGGCGGCGAAGGCGACGCCCAGCAGGGAGAGAGCGAGGCAGCCCCUGCCGACGAAAGGCUCUCCAAAGCCGCGGAGGACACUCCCGCAGAGGCUCGCGGCUCUCCAAGCGCCAAGCGCCGCCGCGUCGAGGACGGCGCUGCAGACGCGUGUGUGGAAGAGGCCUCCUCGAAUCAGACGUCCGCCGCGCAGUCCCACUCUGCUUCGUCUGGCUCGUCGUCGCGCGCUGCGGCGCCGCAGUGGCUUGCCGUGUUUCGUUCUUCUGCCAAGGCUCUGAGGCACGGAUGCGCCCUGGGCGAGAGGCCUGAGUGGAAGGCGCGAAUUGACAUCCUCCUCACGACUCGGUGGCCGGAGGGAAUGUGCCGAGAGCUGUCGCUGCUCGUGGAGCAACAUAAACUGGAGAAAGAAGAUGAGUUCAACAGUCUCUUGCGCAAGCAGAACAUGACCUUGUCUGACCUCGAGAUGAAGCACAGCGCUCCCAGCCCUGCGCGUCUCGCAGCUUUCUUGGAACCUCGCUACCUGUUCGCGGCGUCCGCGGGCAUCUUCUACCAACGGCCAGCUUUCCGCGGUACACGCUUUGGAUACACAGUGAAGUUCAUCGCAUUGGGCGUUCUGGGAAGCAAGCGGCCGGAAACGAAACCGUUGCAUGCCCUGCAACUGACGCCGUUGGAUCAAGUUCGUGCGGCGCUGUCGCCCUCGCUGGCUCGCGUCGAUGCGGCGCGCGACCCAGAAGCCGCCGCUAUGCAAGCCGCAGACCCGCUUCCCCUUCCCGAUGAAGCCGCCAGCACGCUCUUUGCCCUUCCUCCUGAUGCGACUCGAAAUCCGUUCUCGCGUCUGCUGCCUCCCGAGCUGCAGCUUCCUGCGCGGCUGAGUCAGGUGCCGGCUGCCUUGGAAAGCGUCGCACCAGCGAUUUUGACGCACGAACUGUUACGUGCGGCUGGGUGUUCAGAAGGGAACGGAGGCCACGCGGUGCCUCCCCACCCGCCUCUGGAGCCCAAUGGGGGGCGCGCGUUCGGGCCGCGAAGAGACUCGCAACCGAGAGGACAGAGGGGGCCUCAGCGCCCCUGCUGCGUCGUCUGUGUGUGCAACCUGCCUUACGAAGUGGACGACGAGAGUCUCGAGAGAGUGAUGGGGGCUUUUGGCGAAGUGAAGUUUGUCUACGCCCCUCGGAAUCCGGAGGACAAGUCGAAGGGAACAGGGAAGGCCUUCGUUGUUUACUUUGCGCCGGAGAGCGCGGAGAAGGCCGUGGAGGCUUCGGGGCAAUUAGAGGCAGGGCGCCGGGUGCUCCGCGUGGCUAUGUGGCGAGAGAAGAUUCCGUUUGCGCACAAGCAGCUUCGCGAAGAUGGCGCGCCUCCGCCUCCGCAGGCAGGGUCUUCAAUCGUCACGAAGCCCCACGCAGAUUGCUGGUUCUGCCUGGCAAAUCCCAAGGUUGAGAAACAUCUGGUGGCGGCUGUGGGAGAGACGUGUUACGUGGCCGCUCCCAAAGGUGGCCUCCACCCUUUGCAUGCGUUGAUCAUCCCCAUCACGCACUUUCCUUCCGUCGCCUUCGCGACGGAGGAGGUCCGCGCCGAGGUUGGACGUUACGUCGACGCGUUCCGCACAGCACUCCGCAAGAAGGAAAAUCUCGAUUGCAUCGUGUACGAGCGAUACGUGCCGAUGCGCACGACGAAGGCGAUGCACACGCAAGUACAAUGUGUGCCGUGUUCGCGGGCAGAGGGUUUCCGUGCUGUCGAAUUUUUCAAGAAAAAGGCUCACAAAGCUGGCCUUCGCUUUGAGGAACUUCCACAUGAUCGGAAUGCGCUGCCCUUUUCGGAUCUCGCGGCACGAGCACCCGGAACGGAGAGCGCAUACUUUUAUAUCGAGCUGCCUGGGCUCUCAACUGCAAGCGGGAUGCUUGUGGAGCGUUUCCUCUACGUGCAACCAAACGCGACCGGCGGAGACUCCAGAGCGAAGACGCGGGGGAGCAGCGGUGGAGAUAGAUUGCCCAUGAAUUUUGGACGGGAAAUUGUGGCGCAAUUGAUUGAGCAUCCGGAGCUAGCCGACUGGCAGAACUGUAUUGUGGACGCAGUUGAAGAAAGGUCAAGAGCGAUGCAACUGACCAAGUUGCUGGGCUGA